GACUUCAACAUCAACCAUCUUCAAAUACUUCGUCCUUUCUAUCAGCCGAAUCCUCCAAAAUGGAAAGGAAAAAAUGGAGAAUGCUAGGUAAGAAAACCAACCCUUCAUAACCCACAUAUCUUAAUUAGACCCUCACCCAAUUAACAGAGAACAACCCCGACGUAAUGAACCAACUAGCAGCAAAGCUAGGCUUAUCGCCAGAGCUACAAUUCUACGACGUAUAUUCCCUAGACGACCCAUCACAGCUUACACACAUUCCCCGACCUGCUCUAGCUCUAUUGGUGAUCAUCCCACUUACACCAGCUUGGGACCAAAAUCGCAAGGCCGAAGAUGCUGACAAAGAAGAACCCUAUCCUGGCUCCGGCCGCCCUGAUGAGCCCGUCAUCUGGUUCAAGCAAACCAUCGGCCACGCGUGUGGCUCAAUCGGUUUGCUCCACAGCGUGAUAAACGGCCCGGCUGUUAACUUUAUCAAGCCUGAUUCCGAUCUCGCGGAGAUACGCAAGCAAGCUAUACCUCUGGAUAUGGACAAACGCGCUGAGAUGUUGUACAACAGUGAGGCGUUUGAAGUCGCUCACAAGUCAGUCGAGCAGGCUGGUGAUACCGAUGCGAAUUUAUUGGAUGAGCGUGAUGGUGGUCAUUUUGUUAGUUUUGUUAAGAGUGGUGGGAAGCUAUGGGAGCUGGAGGGGUCGAGGAAGGGACCUCUGGAGAGGGGAGAUCUUGCAGAGGAUGAGGAUGUUCUUACUCCACGGGCGCUUGAUAUGGGUAUCAAGAGGAUUAUCAAUUCGAAUGCGGGUGAAGGAGGAAGUCUGCUCUUCAGUUGCAUUGCUUUGGCUCAUAGGGCCUAGAGCCAUGCUUAAUGCUCAAUUGAUAUACUGUGUACGGAGUACUACCGCGAUGACUGUUAUCUGCAAUCUUAUUGGUGGUGGAGUCCCGCCUCUGCUCUAAAUGAUGACUAAUACUCACCUCGGCUGUCGCCGGCUCCACCAGCAAAGUCAGUUAGCGCAAGCGAGGACCCACUGGGAAGGUAUAAAAGGCGGCUUCCCCCCCAAAGAUUUUGAAAAUCAAGCGACUCUA